GCAGGAACGUACUAAUACUACAAAACUCUGAGGAGAAUACAAAUUAAAUAGAGCUUGCCACAAAAAAUGUAAAAUAGAGUGCUUAACUAGCACACAGUUCCCCUAUAUACAUCGCAAACAAACGGCAAGAAACUAUUGCAUCAUAGCCAAACGGAAAACAAUCAGCUGCAAGUGCCAUCGAUUUGCAACAAUUAUUAUAAAGUAGAAAAAAUGACUGCCCCGCGACGUCUGCGCAAGGAACUCGUAGAUUUGCAGGAAAGUAGCUUAAAAUCGUUUCGUGACAUCAAGGCCGACGAUGAUAAUCUGCUGCGCUGGACGGGUCUGAUUGUGCCCGACAAUCCGCCCUACAACAAGGGCGCCUUUCGCAUCGAAAUCAAUUUCCCGGCCGAAUAUCCCUUCAAGCCACCAAAGAUUAGUUUCAAAACAAAAAUCUACCAUCCGAACAUCGAUGAAAAGGGUCAGGUGUGUUUGCCCAUCAUCAGCACGGAGAACUGGAAGCCAGCCACGCGCACCGACCAGGUGGUGCAGGCGCUAAUAGCGCUCAUCAACGAUCCCGAACCCGAACAUCCGCUGCGCGCCGAACUGGCCGAAGAAUUUCUCAAGGACAAAAAAAAAUUUGUGAAAAAUGCCGAGGAUUACACCAGGAAACACAGCGAAAAGCGUCCGGCUGACUAGUGCAAUUGAGGCGAUAGGUGAGGCGCCGGCACCGCUUCAUGAAAAACAACCAAACUGUAAACCAGGAUGAGAAAUGAUAAAAUGUACCGAAAACACAAACACACACACAUACACCUACACAAAACUUACACACACUAACACAUGCAUACACUAACACCCACACACAAACACACACGUAAAAUUACACUAAUUUUUGCUUAGAAAAAAAAAAAAAAGAUGGGAGAAUAUAUAUAAUAUAUAUAUAUAGAAAUGCAUAAACUG